UAUAUGCCUAUAUAAUCUCAUUACCAUAUGCCUUCUCCUAUCCUGCUCAAAUGCAAAUUCAGUUCAGCUUCAGGUGAAACAACCGAAUUUUUAAGAUGGGGAGGUACUUCGGGUACUUAUGUUUUUUUAUUGUGUUGACAUGGUUUUGGGUGACGAUCAGCUGCAAUGUUGUGUGCUUAAGGAAGGAAAGAGAUGCCCUCAUUGCUUUCAAGAAUGAGAUAUAUCCUUCACUUAGCUUUAGUUCAUAGAAUGGACUAAAUUGUUGUGAGUGGCGUGGUGUUGAAUGCAGCCGAGAGACAUCCCAUGUCAUCAAAUUUCAUCUUUCUCAAUUUUCAGUAGAUAUCAAUAAAGGUUAUCCGACAACUGGCAUGCUUUCUCCUGCACUGUUCAAAUUGAAGAAUCUGGAGCAUUUGGAUUUGAGCGCCAAUUUCUUGAGUGGCGUUAUACCCGCAGAGCUUUCUAGUCUACACCGACUGAAGCAUCUCGAUCUCAGCUUCAAUUAUUUUGAAGACCACAUUUUGAAGCAUAUAUCCUCCCUUCACAAUUUGAUUUAUCUCAACUUGUCCUAUGCUGGUGUUGAUCUGGACGGUAGCAUUCAGUGGCGUCUGGGAAAUAUUUCCCAACUGCAAGUUAUAAAUCUUUCUAGCAGGCUAUACAUCCAGGAGGAGUCUUCCUUUUUCAGUUAUUACUGUGGACCAGUGUACAGUUCCAGUUUGGAGUGGACAGAAAUUGUGCAAGGGUUACAACAUUUGUCGCUUCAAGGGGUCGAACUGAAUAUGACGGGAGAGCAAUUGGAAGCUCCACUUUCUUGGCUCCACAAUCUCCGCCACCUCAACCUCAAAGACUGUGCUCUGUCCGGCCACGUCCCCAAUGCUUUACAAAACCUCAGCCACCUGUCCCACCUGCAGCUUGGAACUAUCAUGUCUUAUGUGCUUUUGGUUCAGAGACAGGUUCAGAAUUCUACAAAUGUGCCCCCUGAGUUGGGGGGGAUUCCUUCUUUGGAAGUACUGUAUCUAGACAACAAUCAGCUUAACGGUAGCAUUCCUACUUCUCUUAGGUGUUUGAGUCGGCUUUCUAGCCUUAAUCUCGCUAAGAACAAUUUAGAAGGCUACAUUUCUCUUCAUUUCUUUGAAAAUGCUACCAGGCUUGUUGAGCUCGUGCUUUCCUACAAUAAAUUGACAGUUCUUAUUGAGCCCGAAUGGAUACCUCCAAUGCAGUUUAAAGACUUGGGGUUGGGUUCUUGUAAUAUUGGGGGUCUGAUUCCUGCAUUCCUUUCAACACAAUAUAGCUUGCGGUAUUUGGAUCUCUCCAACAACAGUCUUUUUGGAAACAUUCCAGCUUGGUUUGGGGACCUUUCAACUUUGGCAGAUCUUUACAUGUCGCAUAAUAACUUGCAAGGUGAACUCCCUUCCACCUUUGAUAUAACUUAUUAUUCCCAGAUAUAUUUGGAUGAUAAUAUGUUGACCGGGUCUGUUCCCGUUCCUUCUGUGCCCGCAUCAAUUUUGGACGUGUUGGAUCUGUCCCAGAAUAGAUAUACCGGCUUUAUCCCAGUGGAGAUUGGUUCGCUUCUUCCCGCCAUUCAGUUCUUGUUAUACUCUCAAAAUGAUUUAAGAGGUGACAUUCCCACCUCCAUUGGUCUUAUGCAAGACCUACAGGAUUUGGAUCUAUCAGAUAACAACUUUGAGGGUAAAAUACCACCAAUCCUCACCAACUGCUCAGCUUUGAAAAGACUAAAUCUGGCGAACAAUAAAUUGAGUGGAGAGAUUCCAUCCAAUAUAGGAAGCCUACGCCAACUCGAAAAGCUUCAUCUCAGUGACAACAUGCUUAAGGGAAACUUGCCGUUUGGUGUCCAAAACUGUUCGAAGUUGCAGAUUUUAGAUGUGGCUCAUAAUUUCUUGUCGGGGAACAUACCUCUUUGGUUAGGGCAGCUUUCUGACUUGAUGAUACUUGUUUUGAGGUCAAACAAGUUUCGUGGGCGGAUACCACAUGCAUUAGGCAAUCUUUCAAGUCUCCAUGUCUUAGAUAUCUCCCACAAUAAUUUGACUGGUGCUAUCCCACCAGAGCUGGGGAGAUUUGCAGCUAUUAUUGCCGGACAGCCGGGAGAAUCAAAUGUCUUAGCUGGUCGGUCCGUUAAUGGCCGUCCUUACUAUUACAAGGAAGAGGUCAACGUGAGCAACAAAAGAUUGAACCUAGCCUAUGGGGAUUCUGUUCUCUUACUUAUAACAGCCAUUGAUCUUUCUUCAAAUCAGCUUUCGGGUGACAUUCCUUCAGAAAUUGGCAACCUUAAGCAUUUACAUGUCCUGAAUUUGUCAGGUAAUAGUCUUACAGGAGAGAUUCCAGUAAGUUUUGGCUUGUUAGAGCAGUUAGAAUCAUUGGAUCUUUCAAAUAAUAAAUUACAUGGAAGAAUCCCAGUUGAGAUGGUACAACUUUCCUUUUUGAGUUUCUUCAUUGUGUCCAACAACAUGCUUUGUGGAAGAAUCCCAACAGGGCGUCAGUUCUCCAAAUUCAAUUCUACUUACUUUUCAGGGAACCCAGGUCUGUGUGGGUUUCCAGUUGACAAGAGAUCAUGUAGUUGUGAGCACAACUCAUCUGCAGGUAUGCCACCGGUUUCUCAAGAUGAAGAGGAUGAAGAGGAAGAAGAAAUCCCAUGGUAUUGGUAUGUAAGUUGGAUGGCAAGCUUUGCUGUUGGAUUGUGGGGAGUGUUUGGAGUCCUUUGUCUGAAAAAGAAAUGGCGAAUAAUUUACAUUCGAGUCCUAGAUGGAUAUGUUGACCUGGUGGAUGGGGACCCACAAGCAGGUGACAAGCCUAUCGAUGCUGGUGGAGAAAAUGGAGAAUCACGUGCUGGAGACAUUCCUAGGCAGGAACCUAUUCGAAGGGACAGUGGUCAGUCUUGGACUUCUCUAUUUAGUGUCAAAUCGAGUGGAAAGUCCUUGCUCCCUCCAGUUCGUAAUAUCUCAGACCCAGAAAAAGGUAGAUUUUCUAUUGAAAUUCCAAACCUUGUUAUUGAGCACAAUAUUAAUUUUAUGGCAAUGACACUGGUUGGAAAUUUUUUGGGCUUGAGGCCAAAUAUUGAUAUUGUUAAGGCAUUUGCCAAAUGCAAAUGGGUGCUUAAAGGUCAAGUAGAGAUCACUGCUAUGUCCAAAGGGGUGUUGUCAUUGGCUUUCUCUUGUAAGGAAGACAUGUCAAGAGUGCUUAGUGAUGGCCCUUGGCUGAUUGGUAAAUCAAUGCUAGCUUUGCAAAAAUGGUAG